AUGUUCGCUCGAAUCGCCGUCGGCACCCUCCUCGCCGCUGCGGGUUCCGUCGAGGCGUUCUGGCGUCUCCCCUGCGGCAACUCGCUCGUUGUCGAGCGCGGAGACACCAUCGUCAGCCCGGGCAGAGUCUCCGGCCAUGUCCACAACAUCCUCGGCGGCAGCAACUUUGGCCUCGACACCACCUUCGACUCGCUCCGCCAGAGCGCGUGCACCAGCUGCCUGGUCAAGCAGGACAUGAGUAACUACUGGACGCCUCAACUCUACUUCCAAUGGGCGAACGGCUCCUUCACCGACGUCAACGUUGUCGGCGGCGGCCUCAUCUACUACCUCCCUCGCAACAACGCGGCCGACACAACCAAUGUCACCGCGUUCCCCGACGGCUUCCGCAUGCUGACCGGCAACCCUUUCAAGCGUUCCUACGACGGAUCGCCUACCGCUGAAGCUGUCGGCUGGAACUGCCUCGGCUCGAACCUGCCGGCCACUCGCAACCCUUGGCUGCCGAACGUCAACUGCCCGAACGGCUUGCGUGGCGAGGUCCGCUUCCCCUCCUGCUGGAACGGCGUUGACCUCGACUCGAGCGACCACUUCAGCCACAUGGCGUACCCUAUCGGCGGAGAGACCGGACCGUGCCCCGCUGGCUACCCCGUCCGCCUCGUCACGCUCUUCUACGAGAUCAUGUACGAUGUCGACUCGUGGAAGAAUCUCUGGCCGCAAGCGAUGAACACCUCGCAGCCGUUCGUCCUGGCGAUGGGAGACCCGACUGGCUACGGUUGGCACGGAGACUUCUACAAUGGCUGGGACCGCCAAGUGUUGCAGACCGCCAUCGACACCUGCACGAGCGACUCUGGCGUCAUUGAGUACUGCACGGUCUUCGAUCUUUACGACCCGAGCCACGAAUGCCGCAAGACGCCCGACUUCGACGAGAUUGUGCUCGGCACCCUCCCGUCGCUGCCGGGAUGCAACCCUGUGACCGGCGAGGGUCCGGCCGCGACGCCUUGCUCAGACCCGACUUCGCCGCCGGUCUUCUCGAACCCGGCCGCAUACAACGGCUCCGCGCCCCCGCCCGGCUCGCCCGUCCUCAGCAACGAGCCUCAAGUUGUUUCCUCCUACGUCUCCAGCUCGCACAGCAACUGGACUUACCAGGGCUGCUACUCGGAUCUCGCACCUGGUCGUGUCUUGCCGAACGGCUUGACUACCGUCAACAAGACCGUCGAGUCUUGCAUAGAGGCAUGCGACUCACGCGGAUACGUCUUCUGCGGCGUCGAGUACCACGGCGAAUGCUGGGGCGGCAACGCUUUGAGCCCGAACUCGACCGAUCAGGGCUACGGAGCAUGCGGCUUGACGUGCACCGACAACCCUCUCCAGUACUGCGGCGGCACGGGAGGCGUCACGGGCGCGACCUUCGAGCUCUACACUCGUCCUGCGCCGCCAAAGACGACGAGCGCCACGGCCAGCAAGACCUCCACGGCUUCAGCCAUUUCGACUGCCGUCUCCGCCAACUCGACAAAGGCGUCCUUGACCGUGUCCCUCUCCGCUUCCUCCUCAGUUGUCGCCAACGCAACAGCGUCGAUCUCGGCAAACAGCAGCAGCGUCUUGCCUACGAGCACCCUCGCCCCCUCUACAGUGUCAUCCGCCGUGAGCAGUACGGCGAUAGCGUCGUCCGUCUCGUCGACCUCAUUCAUCGCCUCGUCGACCGUUUCCUCAACCCUUUCCUCCGCUUCGCCGUCAGCCAGUGCUUCCACCAAGCUCCUUACGAACCCGAACUGGAAGUACUCGGGCUGCUGGUCCGACCUCGUCAACGGCGGUCGCUCCCUCCCGAAUACCCUCACCGGCUCGUCCGACUUUACGAUCGAGAGCUGCCUAGCCGUGGCCGACGCGCAAGGCUUCGCCGUCGCCGGACUCAGCUACAUGGGCGAGUGCUACGCCGCGCCUGCUCUCGGGCUCUACUCGGCUCAGCUCGACGCAUCCAAGUGCACCAUGACCUGCAAGAACGCGGCGAACGAGACAUGCGGCGGAAGCGACGCGCUCGACGUCUACACCUCGACCCAGCGACCGGUUGUCACCGGUCCGACGAACACCCAGCUCAAGACCUUCGGGCAGUGGAACUACGAUGCCUGCUACUCCGACCUCGUCAACAACCAGCGGUCGCUCCCGACGCAGAUCACGAACGCGAACCAGACCGUCGAAGCCUGCCUUGACGCCUGCACCGACAAGGGCGCGACUGUCUGCGGCUUGUCGUACUACCACGAGUGCUGGAUGACCACGACCAACAUUUCCUCGGCUUCGACCGUUCUCGACGACACGAGCUGCCGCUUCCCCUGCGCUGGCAAUCCACUCGAGAUGUGCGGAGGCAGCGGCGCCCUCUCCGUCUGGCGCCUCACGCCCGCCUCCGCCAACGCCAAGAUCGCCGCUCCCGCUAGCGCUGGCUCGACCACCCUCGCUUCCGCAGCUGCGACGGCUAGCUCGCGCCGCACGAUGCGCAAGACGUCGAGGAGGAGGCCGUGA